AAGUUACUUCCUGUUUACGUUUCACAGUGACGUCACGCCGAUAAGGUUUAUCGAAAGUGUUUGUGAAGUGAAACAUCGGAGAAGUUCAGGGAGCAGCAGCUUUGUGUUUGGACAGCAGCCGGGUUGGUCAGGYCCGGCGGACAGAGAACCGGCCUGUGGUUCUGACUGGUGUUGGGUUGAAACGCCGAACCGAACCGGACCGGGCUGCUAAUAUCUGAGCUAACAUAAAGAAAGGAGCUGUAGACGGACUUCCUCGGUCAGCAUGGAGAACAAAUACAACCUGAAGAGUCCAGCGGUGAAGAGGCUGAUGAAAGAAGCUGCAGAACUCAGGGACCCUACGGAGCACUAUCACGCCCAGCCACUGGAGGAUAACCUGUUUGAAUGGCACUUCUCCGUACGCGGACCCCCAGAUUCUGACUUUGAUGGUGGGGUUUACCAUGGCAGGAUUGUGCUGCCCCCAGAAUACCCCAUGAAGCCCCCCAGCAUCAUCCUGCUCACACCAAAUGGGAGGUUUGAAGUGGGGAAGAAGAUUUGUUUGAGCAUCUCUGGCCACCAUCCUGAGACCUGGCAGCCUUCUUGGAGUAUCCGAACUGCCCUGAUAGCUAUAAUUGGAUUCAUGCCAACAAAAGGAGAGGGUGCCAUUGGAUCUCUGGAUUAUACACCAGAAGAAAGAAAGGCUCUUGCRAAAAAAUCACAGGAUUUUUGUUGUGAAACCUGCGACUGUUCCAUGCGCUCGGCUCUCCUGCCUGUGACGCCCAAUAGUGACCUCAGCGCUGAAGAUCGCAAGGCUAAAGAACUAGCUCAGCAAAUCAACUUCAAGGCAGAGUCCAGCUUAUCCACACAGGUCACUACGAGUGGGGGUUCUUCAUCGCUCACACAGGGAGACACCUCCACACCCACUGAGCAGGAGGCUGCUGAAAGACCCCAAACUGAACAGGUAGAGGCUUCUCCAGGACCAGGAGCCGAGGGAUCACAGACCACCGCCACCAACAGCAGGGUCAGRGAGCCCCUCAGCCCCCGCCAGCGCCGCGCCCAGCAACACGGCCCGCCGGAGCCCCGAGCCGGCAGAGAGCCAGCAGCCAGCAGAGCCCCCCUCCAGGCUCAGAACCAAAGCCACGCAGGCUCUGCAGUCCUCAUCCUGGUCCUCACUCUGGCUCUGGCCGUCCUGAUUUUCCGCAGGAUCUAUUCAGCCAAUGAGUACAAGUUUAAUUACGACUUGUGACGCCGCCUGCUGCUGCCGUCCCUGUAGAACUGCAAGCAGCCGGUGAGGGGGUGGAGCCAAGGCAGGGGGCGGUGCUGCUCACCACAACACCUUCAGGGUGGAUUUUAAUGAUUCACUUCAGUUAGGURGUUCCUGAUCAGUAACCACACACACCACAGGUCUUCCUUUAACUAGUUCUUAUCAAUGUUUAAGAUUUUUACCCCACUAAUGAUUUGAAAGCAGAAAGAACUGAUGGGUUUUAAUCUGGUGCCACUCACAGAUCUGUUAACAUGAUGCUGAGUCAGCAAACAUUAAAAUCAAAUGGUUCAUUCAUGACUUCAUGAGUUAAUGAAUAUCUUUACAUCCACCACCAAGGAGUCGUCUGAUCCACAUGGAUCUGGUUACAGAUGUGUGUUCUAGCAUGUGUUACCUUGUAAGGGCCAUUUUUCCAAAAUACACUACCCACUGGUCCUUAUGGGGCCCAGAGCCUGGACCCCAAAAGUUCAAGUGUUGGUGAUGGGUGAGGAUUGGAACUGAAGUGUGWWUUAAAUUGAAAGAAAAAUGAA